CGGCGCCUCCUGCUCAGCUCUGCGGCACACAGGCACACUUGGCCUUGGGUUGAAGAGGAAGAGGAAGAGGGUUCAGCUCCUUGAGCUCUUAUUUUGAGCGGCUGUUCGGGAUAGACGGCGGGAUUCCCUGGGGCUUUAUCCCUGUCGGUGUAACGCAGGAGUCCUGGCGCUGUUCUCGGGAGGGACGGACCCCGGAGCGUGCACGGUUCCCCUAUCACCAGUCCCGUGGGUGAGCUCAGUACCCAGCACUAUUGAUGCACCCGUUCCAGUGGUGUAACGGAUGUUUCUGUGGUUUGGGGUUGAUCUACUCAAAUAAGUCGUGCACAAUGCCUCCGAUAACCUUCCAGGAUCUUCCGUUAAAUAUCUACAUGGUGAUAUUCGGCACCGGGAUCUUUGUCUUUGUGCUGAGCCUGAUAUUCUGCUGUUACUUUAUCAGUAAACUCCGUCAUCAGGCACAGAAUGAGAGAUAUGGAUACAAAGAGGUUAUAACAAGGGGAGAUGCAAAAAAGCUAAAUUUACAUGGGCACACAUGUGCCGUUUGCUUGGAGGAUUUCAAGAUUAAAGAAGAACUGGGAGUGUUACCAUGUCAACAUGCUUUCCACAGGAAGUGCUUGGUGAAGUGGCUGGAGAUCCGUUGUGUCUGUCCAAUGUGCAACAAACCAAUUUCCGGGGCGCCGGAACAGCAGCAAGCGAUCGGCACUCUCCUGGACGAGCUUGUGUGAUCGAGUGCUCCAACUGGAAUGGACACUGGAACAUUCGGGAAUCGAGAGAGCUUUCUGAUUCUUUUUUGUUACUUGACUUUUGGUUGGAGCGUUGGGAGUGCGGAAGGAUCUAACCCACAGUGUGUACCACAGUACUUGGGACAGAAUGAUGCCAAGCAACAGAGUAAUUGGGAAAUCUCCAAAAAAAAACACAAAACUUCUGCUGAGGAACCAAACUCAUUCAGCCGGUCAGUUUCUGACCAAGCUCCUUAAUUAUGACCACCAGGGAACCUCGUGGUGAGUUGCUGAUCUACACGUGCCAAAGGGCCUCAGCUCAGGUUCCUGCACCGCGCCGGCUCUGUUGAUCGCAGUUGAUGCAGUAGUCAGAGGAGCUGUGACCAGGCGACUAACAACACCCUAGGCAGAGAGAGAAACCCCAGCCCCAUUCUGAUCACUGCUCACGUUGCUCCCAGAGGUGUGUGUGUGUGUGUGUGUGUCUAUAUUCAUACAGACAGAUUGGCCUACUGGGCAAGACACAUGCGGGAACAAACUGACUGAGAUCAAAGUGGUGGUACAUAGGCGAGGAACAGGGUCGCACCUCACGUCCAUGACCUCUGCCCUACGCCCAGCGCGGAGAUCUGAUGGUGCUUCCUGCACGUUGCUGUACGCGCCGUUGAGCAUCUCAUGCCCAUACAUUCAUGUCACAGGGAGCAGAGAUCACACUGUUAACCCCGUCCACCUUCGCUUCGACCCGUGCAAGUGGAACGAGCGGCAGUGUGUACAGCUAUUGGCCAUAACAGACGAGAGUGAAAUGAGUUCACUGUCAUUUAUCCAAGAUUUUCGUUCUUUCAUCAUCGGCGCCGUUGAUGAGUUGGAAUGUUAAUUGUAGAAAUGCAUGUGUAAACAUUACUAAACAAUUAGCCAUCCGCCGCCUGAAGGAGGCUUCUCUCCCGACCAGGUUUAAAAUAUCUCUUUCGGCACAAAGUGAAAGGUGUGAGUCAGAGCAAUUGUGGAAUCAGUUUCAGGUUGUCACACAGAGCUCAGUAGUAAGGGUCAUUGAUAGACUAGAGCAGAGCUUGCCCUGCGGUUAUCUGCUGCGCGGGCUCUCCUGUAACUGUGCUGGACAUUACGUGUCUUUUUGUAACUUACUGGCACGACUGUUUUGUAAAUAUUUUAAAUAAGUGCUUACAAUCUUUUCCUUUUAUGAAGGAUUUUCUUUCAUUGUAAAAUAAUUUAAUAAAUACUUGCUUCCAGUGUACCUUAAAUCUGUGAGUGUAUUUGGAAAUGGGGUUACAAAGUGCGUCCUUACUUGUGUGCAGUGCCCACAUCACGUGUAAAGAUAUUUAUAUCCAAAAGUGCUUUGGAGUAUUCCGAAAGCAAAGUGAAAGAGACUGUGUCUUUCAUUAAUAUCAAAGCUACUAGAAUACCAAGUAUAGCUUGAACAUUGUAAUAGGACAUAGGACCAGAAGUAGACCAUUCGGCCCAUUAAGCCUGCUCUAUCAUUCCAUCACAGCUGCAGUACGCAGAACAAUCUGCUACGGAGGGGGAGAAUGUUGCCCAGGUUUUCUGUGUUUUGGAUGUGGACUUGGACUGUGGAUUUUUUUUUCAGUCUUACGUUUUUUUCUGUAUUCUGUGUUGUUUGCCUGAUCUUCCUCGUUUUUUUUUUGUGUGUCGGGUGGAGGCAUUUAGGGGUUGAUGGUCGUGCUGCCUUUCUUUUCUUUCCUGGUUUCAUGGCUGUCUGGAGAAGAAGAAUUUCAGAGUUGUAUACUUUGAUAAUAAAUUAACCCUUGAACCUUUGAACAA